AUGUCUAUGGCUGAUCAAGAAGAAUGUAUAGAUGAUUAUACAGAAGAUGGUAGUGUGGAUCUUAAAGGAAACCCUGUUCUUAGAUCCAAACGAGGUGGAUGGAGAGCUUGUUCCUUUGUUGUUGUAUACGAGGUGUUUGAAAGAAUGGCGUAUUUUGGGAUACAGUCAAAUCUGAUUAUGUAUUUAACGAAGAAGCUCCAUCAAGACACAGUGACGGCUUCAAACAACGUUACCAACUGGGUUGGAGCAGUUUGUCUGACUCCUAUUUUGGGUGCUUACAUUGCCGAUGCUCACCUCGGUCGCUACUGGACUUUCAUUGAUGCGUCUAGCAUAUAUUUUGCGGGAAUGGUCAUGUUGACUUCAUCAGUUUCACUUCCUUCGCUAAAACCACCUUCUUGCAUUGAUCCCAACCUGAACAACUGCAAGAAGGUCUCUACCUUACAACUAGCGGUGUUUUAUGGCUCGCUCUAUACCCUAGCCCUUGGAACUGGCGGCACGGAACCAAACAUUUCGGCGAUUGGCACCGACCAAUUCGACGAUUUCCAACUAAAGGAGAAGAAGCAAAAGAUUUCCUUCUUCAAUUGGUGGAUGUUUAGCAUUUUCUUUGGUAUACUUUUUGCGAACACAGUUGUUGUUUGGUUACAAGAUAAUGUUGGUUGGACACUUGGAUUUGCUCUCCCAACUCUUGGGCUCGCUAUUUCUAUUGUCAUUUUCUUGGCUGGGUCACCAUUCUAUAGACACAAAAUGCCAACAGGGAGCCCUUUUGUAGGAAUGGCCCAAGUUAUUUUUGCUGCCAUGAGCAAUUGGAAGGUACCUCUUCCUCAUGAUCCUAAUGACCUUUAUGAGCUUGAUUCGGAAGUGUAUGAGAAGAAGGGAUGUUAUAGAAUUGAUCCCACAGCAACCUUAAGGUUCCUUAGCAAAGCUUCAAUAAAAAUAAACUCAACAAGCCCAUGGAAACUAUGUUCAGUGACUAAAGUGGAAGAAACAAAACAAAUGAUACGGAUGCUACCAAUAUUGGUAUCAACUUUCGUUCCAAGUAUCAUACUUGCUCAAGUCAACACCCUGUUCAUCAAGCAAGGAACCACUCUACAAAGAGGCAUAGGCAACUUCGAAAUCCCACCAGCAAGUCUCAGUGCAUUCGUAAUUCUAACUUUGCUCAUCAGUGUAGUCCUCUACGAUUGGUUCUUUGUAAAAUUCAUCCAAAAAUGGACCAAAAACCCUAGAGGAAUCACAUUCCUCCAGAGAAUGGGAAUCAGAAUGAUCUUUCACAUCAUAGUUAUGUUUGUAGCUUUUCUUACUGAGACACACAGGCUUAGUGUUGCAAGAGAACAUGGACUUAUCAAGAAGGGAGGACAAGUUCCGCUCUCCAUAUUCAUUUUGCUUCCCCAAUUUAUUUUUAUGGGCAUCGCCGGUGCCUUCUUGGAGGUAGCAAAGAUCGAUUUCUUCUAUGAUCAAGCACCAGAGAAUAUGAAGAGUCUUGGAAGUUCUUAUAACAUGACUACUAUAGCAGUUGGAAGCUUUCUUAGUAGUUUUCUUCUUUCCACAGUUUCUGAUAUUACCAAGAGGCGGAAUGGUCAUGGAUGGAUUCUCAACAACCUAAAUGAUUCACAUCUAGAUUAUUACUAUGCUUUUUUGGCCUUGUUGAGCUUUGUUAACUUCAUUAUCUUCUUAUUUAUUUCUAAGUAUUAUGUGUAUAGGGCUGAAGUGUCGGAUUCCAUUUAUUUGCUCAAAGAAGAGUUGGGAUCUGUGUGGUUAGGCUUGUACUAUGAUCUUUUAAUGGAGAUGUUAAGAGAAGGAGGUUCCACAUCUCGACCCCCAAUGCUUGAAGGGGCAAAUUAUCCUUACUGGAAGACAAAAAUGUGUGCAUUCUUGAGAGCUGUUGAUGAGCGGGUGUGGAUGGCUGUUGAAGAUGGAUGGAAGUGUCCAACCUUUGUUGAAGAUGAGGUUGUUAAGCUUAAACAAAUGAGUCUAUGGACUACAGAGGAGAUGGAAAGGGCCAACUUUAAUUCAAAGGCUAUGCAUGCUCUCUUUAAUGCAGUUUCUACAAAUCAACUGAAAGUUAUAGCCAACUGUGAAAUUGCCAAAGAAGCUUGGGAGAAACUGAGAAUAAAAAAAUGA